AUGAAGACUCAACGUUUGUCUUCUGAUAGAAUCACCACCCUUCCCGAAUCUAUAAUAGAAAAUAUCCUCUGCCUUGUACCGAUCAAAGAUGCAGUGAGCACGAGUGUCCUCUCGAGGGAAUGGAGAUUCAGAUGGACCACAAUCCCUAAACUCGUGUUUAGUGAGUAUGAAUUUCAAGUAUCUACCACUCUCAAUCACAUUCAGCCCAGGAAGUGUAAACUUUUCUAUGCUAUAUUCCAAGUUCUAUUGGUACACCAGGGUCCAAUACACGAGUUUGGCCUAUUCAUAAACGGAGAUGCCACCUGUGUAGAAAUUGACCGAAUAAUAGCUCAUUUGGCAAGAAACAGUACUCUUAAGAAAUUUACACUAAGCUUCAAUUUUCCACGACUGUAUAAAAUGCCAUUAUCUUUCUUCUCGUUGCAUCAUUUAACAGAUUUGAAUCUUUUUCGCUGCUAUAUUGAUUUUCAACCAGUUUCUAGUCGAUUUAGUAGCCUUACAAGAUUAUGCUUGAUCGAUGUUAGGAUAUCUACAAAAACUCUUCUACAUCUUUUUGAAGAAUAUAAUCAUAUGGUCAGUGAUGAUGACUCUACCCUUAUUGAGCUAUUCAAGUGUUUACCUAUGAUUGAAGAUCUGACUAUUUCGUAUUGGGUCUUUCAGUGUUUUGUUGAAGAUUCAUAUGCACAAGUGCUUCGAAGAACCUCAUUAAACCACCUAAAAUACUUCCGUGUUGAAGGAAUGUUUUUUACUGGCAGAAAUGACUUGCUUUUUAUAAUUAGUUUGAUGAGAUGCUCCCCGAACUUGGAGAAAUUAAAGCUGCAAAAAUACCGACAGAUGUACGUUGAUGAAGAAAAUUGUUGGAAUUCUGAUAUAGAGUCAAUUACCCCUGAAGAUUAUUCUGAUAUUUGGUUAUACAUUAGGAAUUCUCUUGCACUAUUAGGAAUUCUCUUGCACCUCCCACGUGCAUCGCCCAUGGUAGAAUCUAUGGUUAAGGAGUUGUAA